UCACUAUAACAGAAGGACAUAAUCAGGGUGGUAAUUCCGCAGAACCUUACAGCCAGUCUCGGCCACCAGGGAGCUCACUUCUUUUUUUCCGCUUUCCUGAGGUGCAAAGUCCACUGUCACCAUGUCUGACACAGAGGAAGUAGAAGGCGAGGGAGAAGCCAUAGCAGAGGAAGUAGUUGAAGAGGUAGUUGACGAAGUGGUAGAGGUAGAAGUGGCCCCAGAGGCAGCCCCAGAGCCUGAGCCAGAGGCAGAGCCAGAGCCAGAGCCUGUGCCUGAAGCAGAGCCAGAGCCAGAGCCAGAGCCAGAGCCUGAAGCAGAGCCAGAACCAGAGCCAGAGCCAGAGCCAGAAGAUGUCGCUGAAGAGGAAGCCCAGAAGCCACAGUUCAAGGUACCAAAGAUUCCAGAUGGCGAGAAAGUGGACUUUGAUGACAUUCAGAAGAAACGUCAGAACAAGGAUCUGAUCGAGCUGCAGUCCCUGAUUGAUGCUCACUUCGAGCACAGAAAGAAGGAGGAGGAGGAGCUCAUCGCCCUCAAAGAUAGAAUUGAGAAGCGUAGAGCUGAGAGGUCUGAGCAGAACAGGAUCCGCAGUGAAAAGGAGAAGGAGCGUGCGGCCAGACGUGAGGAGGAAAGGUUGAAGAGGGAGGAGGCAGAUGCCAAGAAGAAGGCUGAUGAAGAAGCCAAGAAGAAGUCCGCCCUCUCCAGCAUGGGAUCCAACUACAGCAGCUAUCUGCAGAAGGCUGACUCAAAGAGAGGUGGAAAGAAGGAAACUGAGAGAGAGAAGAAGAAGAAGAUCCUGGCGAGCAGACGCAAGGCCCUGAACAUCGACCAUCUUAAUGAAGAGAAACUGAAGGAGAAGGCGAAGGAGUUGCAUGAAUGGAUGCAACAGCUGGAGUCUGAGAAGUUUGAUCACAUGGAAAGGCUGAAGAGGCAGAAGUAUGAGGUCACAACACUGCGUAAGAGAGUCGAGGAGCUGAGUAAAUUCUCCAAGAAGGGUAAAACAGUCCGCAGAAAGUAAAUGGCUGUACUCUGCUGAAUGGGGCUCAGACUGCCACCUUACUUCCUGACACGCCUAAUGCAGCAACAAGAACACACACUUACACUAAACUCAUGGCUCAGAAACAAAGUCUUACUGUUUGCUUAUUCACACAAGAUGUGCUACAGUCUACAGAUGUGGCACGGAGCCAAUAGCUGCUGUUGUAGGAUUUUUCCCUCACGCUUUCUCGUCCUGGACUGUUAGGUUCUCAGUAUUUUUGUAAAUAAAGUGUGACUCUUCAACCUUGUCUGUAGAUCUGUUAUUACCCAAACCGUAAAUAAAUCAACAAUAUUUUUA